AUGGCUCAAGACGCAGCGGACAAGACUACGAACGAGGCAGAUGACCCUCUAUCAGACCCCGAAGAGCGACGUGUACUGAGCGCUGCGCUGGACAGCUUUCGGUAGGUCCCUGAUUACAUGUUACCGUCCUCUCGUAGCCCCCGCUCUCACACCUCCUCUGCGUGCAGGCAAUAUCGCCGUGCCGCUCACUUCAACAUCACUCACUUGCGCCGGCAAUCAUUCUACGCCCUGCCGUAUGCUCAGAUUGACCUGCUUUCGCUCCCACCCUUCUCUCUGCCAAAGACAUUCGAGGCCGUAGACCGGGCUAUCGACUCCAAUGCAGACAUCGCCGAGGCUUUGCUCCACGUUGGCCUUCCAUCCUUUGGUCUCGAUCCAGACGAUGAAUCUUGGAAGAACCAAGCUACGCCAGGUGACCUCGACAAGGCUCGAUCAACAAUCCGUCAACUGUACCGUGAUUGGUCAGCGGAAGGUCUCCCCGAGCGAUAUGCUUCCUUCUCUCCCAUCCUGGGGGCUCUGGAGACACACCUCCCUUCCCAUCCCUCCCAGAGACACCGCUAUAACGUCCUCGUCCCCGGCGCCGGACUCGGGAGACUCGUCUUCGACAUUUGCGCUGCGGGAUACACCGUGGAAGGCAACGAGAUCUCCUACCACCAGCUGCUCGCGUCCAACUACAUCCUCAACUGCACUGCAAAAGCAGGCCAACACACCCUCUACCCCUGGGCGCUGAGUUUCAGCAAUCACAUUUCCCGCCCAAAUCAACUCCAAGCCGUCGCCAUCCCCGACGUCCACCCGGGCACAGCGCUCGAGACCUCGCAAGCGGAACUGCAAUCCGAAGUCCACUACAGCGACCGCAUGUCCAUGACCUCCGGCGACUUCUGCAUCCUGUACUGCAAACCGGAAUUCCAAGCCUCCUUCGCGGCAGUGGCGACUUGCUUCUUCAUCGACACCGCCCCCAACGUCCUCAGCUACAUCGAAACGAUCAGGCACUGUCUCCAGCCCGGCGGCCUGUGGAUCAACAUCGGUCCCUUGCUGUGGCACUUUGAAACCGCGCCGACGCCUGCUGAGCGGGACAAGCAACGGGGUAGGACCAGCCACAGCAACGAGAACGAAGGGAUCGGAGAGCCUGGAUCGUUUGAACUAUCCAACGAAGAAGUCGUUGCUCUGGUCACGCAUCGCGGAUUCGAGAUCAUUGAGCAGCAGCAAAUGCCCGCUGGAGCAACAGGGUAUAUUCAAGAUCCCGCGAGCAUGCUGCAGAAUGUGUAUCGCCCAAGCUUCUGGGUCGCCCGAAGGAAUUGA